AUCUUCUGGUGUGUCUUGAACAAUAGAAACCACGGGUGUCACAGCUCCCUGAAAGUGGAUGCAUGCGUUUUGCAGCCUGCUUGUGCAUCUUGAAGUGCCAACUGGGUAGUAUCACUGGCAGCCUCCACUUCCACACCAGACGAAGCCGCCUGAACCUGCGCGACCACCGGAAUUUAGAGAGAAUUCGGGGUCAAUGGAGUACGUUCAUGAUUGACAUUCGGGGGAACAGGGCUGAGGGUGCGGGAAUCCUUCGAGCGCUUAUGGCAAUCUUAGUCGUAUUCCAGGACACUCAUUAUACAUGCUUGUGGACUCACCGAGAUCCUUAACUUCUUAGCACCGUCCUUAACCUUCUUCAGAAGCCGACCGAGUUUUCCACGGGGUCGGUGCUAGACGAAGGAUGUGUCAGUGUUUGGAAUGGAGUGGACUGAGUGAUCUUCAUCAGUCACGUACCGAGCUUCCACUAGCUGUUGCUUCGAUAGUUGUUUGAAGCGAAGCAAGAUCAUGAGAAGG